UACCAUGGUACUGAAUGAUUGCCACAUUCAUGUACCAAUGCAUUUUAAUUGUGCUCCAAGUAUUUUUCAAAGAAUAUUAUGGUACUACCAUGGCACCAUGUCCAAAAAACAUGGCAGGCCUACUAUCAUGGUAGCCUACUAUUUUGAGUGUAUAGGCGCCUGCAGCAUUCUUUGGGCAUCGAUUUGGUCAUCAUUAUCAAAAGUGCUGCACGCCCCCAUGAUGCCCAAAAUCGUUGUAGGCUAUAUACAGUUCACUAGGUUUUUAGACACAGCCGUUGUCUGCGCGUAUACUCUUCUCAACGCGCUUUGCCACCCAAAAUCAGGAUCGCAUUUGGUUUUUGCCCCCACUUUUUUGUCUCCCAGACUGCAUCAGUUGAUCCUCCGCCCAUCAGCCUACGUCUUUCUCUCUCUCUCACUCAACUCUUGUAUCUCUUUUUGUCAAUAAAACUCCAGUGUCUCUCCCGCACCUCUCUCCGCUCGCAGCGCGAAUAGUCUGCUCUCUCCUGUCUUGAGUUCAAGAAUUACUUUAUCCAAAAACAUGUUGUGGAAAUCACGGACAAAGACAGAACCUUAUUGCUUACAGGACCGUGCCGACGGGCUGUCGAGCUCCUCUCCGAGCGGCCGUCUCUCUCAGCUUUCCUCGCUAAACCAGGCUGCCUAUUCCUCGGCUCCCCCUCUCUGCCACGCUCCGGCCUCUGACUUCCAGCCACCCUACUUUCCACCUCCAUACCCCCAAUCCUCUCUCUCUUACUCCCAGAGUCAAGACACUGGAUAUCCGCACUUAACGGAUCCCUAUCCGUCCAUCAACUCUCUCCAUCAGCACCAGCAGGCAGCGUGGCACUCUCAGCGCUCGCGCUCGGAGGACGCGGGGCUUCUGUCUCAGUCACACCGGGCGCUGGGUUUAGACCCGCGGCGGGAGUAUCCGGGCGUACCGCGGCUGCUCCAUCAUCAUGGACUGGGUGAAGGAGCAGCUGGGCUGGGAGAAGGCCCUCUGGGAAUGCACACAGUGGGUCAUCACGGUCUGGACGACAUUCAAGGUAUGGAAGAAGCGUCAGCUUUGGGAAUCCUGGACCAUUCUGUUAUUAAGAAAGUUCCUGUCCCUUCUAAGUUAAAUGGCUCAGUGGUCUCUGCCUUGUCCUUCACUAAAGAUGGACUUGGCUUGGGUGGUGUGUCCAACCCUGCGGAAGUUUUCUGCUCUGUUCCUGGUCGCCUGUCCCUCCUUAGCUCCACCUCCAAGUACAAGGUCACAGUCGGAGAGGUGCAGAGACGCCUGGCCCCACCUGAAUGCCUCAAUGCCUCGCUGCUUGGAGGAGUCCUGCGCAGAGCCAAAUCAAAAAAUGGAGGCCGCUGUCUGCGAGAACGUCUGGAGAAGAUCGGUCUCAAUCUGCCCGCCGGUCGCCGGAAGGCAGCCAAUGUCACACUCCUCACAGCUCUGGUGGAAGGUGAGGCAGUUCACCUCGCACGGGACUUUGGAUAUGUGUGCGAGACAGAGUUUCCUGCCCGGGCCACAGCAGAAUAUCUGUGCAGACAGACAGACCCAGAUCAGUUGCCCACACGACACAGUAUGCUGCUGGCCACAAAGGAGAUUUGCAAGGAGUUUGUGGACCUGAUGUCACAGGACAGGUCGCCGUUGGGUGGUAGUCGCCCCACCCCCUGCUUGGAGCCUGGGGUGCAGAGCAGCCUGACCCACUUCAGUCUCCUCACCCAUGGUUUCGGCACUCCCGCCAUCUGCGCUGCCCUGUCAGCCUUCCAGAGUUACUUGCUAGAGGCCCUAAAACUGCUGGAUAAAGGAGAGGGAGGAGGGAAGGGCCACCACGACAAAGAACUGAAGCACCGUAAAUGAACAAUUCGGAGAGAGACAGUCCUCCCUCACUUUUAGGAGUGUAUGAGCGUAUUUAUGUGUAUGAAUGUGUGCUUUUCUGGGCUCAUUUAUCAGUCCUCCACAAGAUUUCGAGACACAAGCUUGUAUGGACUAGUUUUAUUUGUCUGAUGAAAUCUGGGGUCUCUUGAGAGCUGCAGAAAAUGCCACAAUUCUUGAUACGUGCCACAUGUGGACAACAAACUCCCUCUGGAUCUUUGGUUACGAGAUGACUGACUUGUACGAGGCCUACAUGGGGUCUCUGUGUGUUCUCUGGAGACUGCAGCCCAGAAACCAAUCAAAUGAAAAGAAAGAUGGGACAGACAAUUAAGAAUGGGGGUGGUAAAGUAAAUUAGGUUUUGACAAAUUAAUUUGAAAAUUUCAUUUUGUACUUCAUGUUGUAUGUUUAUUAUCAAUGUUACUGUUAUUCUUAUUGCUGUAUUGCAAUGUAAAUGUAAUAUAUUAUUAAAGCAAAACAAACAAAUGUA